AUGGGUUACUCACGUGAGCGUACAAAUGCCCACUUUUUCGUUUCACGGGCAAAUGCCUUCUUCUCACGAUUGCCCAUUUCCCGCAUUCAACGUGCACUGGCGAUGGAAUCCAUCAAGCAAGGCCGCAUGAAGCCGUGGAAACACACGAAGGAACAAGUACUGGGAGCUCCCAUCACCUGCAAUUUUGAUUACAAUCCACGGCCUGUUCGCCUUAUUGGAACAGUCAUGGAUGCACACACGGAGGAAACGAGUAUUAAAGGCGGUAUGAAGGUGUAUGCGCGUAAUGAGGAAACCAACAUGAUGCUUUGGAUUCCAGCAGGUAAUCCAAAGUUGAAGUAUGAAAUUACAUCCACAAAGGGAAGUUUUCAGCAUUACUUGGAUGAGCGAGACAAAUGGGAUGAGGCCUGGUUGACGGGACGUGCAAGAAUGAAGUAA